AUGAUAAAACAUACCCCGUGCUUCCCCACAUGGUUGUGCCUCCUUGUAGGAGGGAAUGAGCGGGUCAGCUCGUGGGGGAACGACAGAUCCGGGCUCCCUUUUGCCAACGCCCGGUUUGUGGAUGCGGUGAAGGCAUCAUUUCGGGAUUACGCUGUUGGGCGCAGGCUGGCCCUAAAGACGUACCACAUAGCCUGGUCACUCAUGGUGGCGUUCCGGGGGACGGCUCAGGCUGAUAACGAGGAGGAGGAGGAGGAGGAGGAGGAGGAGCAAGAGGAUUUCAGUGAGAAGGAGGAGGAGGAGGAGGAGGAGCAAGAGGAGGAGGAGCAAGAGGAGGAAGAGGAGGAAGAGGAGGAGGAGGAUGAGGAUGAGGAGGAUGAGGAGGAGGAUGAAGAGGAGGAAGAGGAAGAGGAGGAUGAUGAGCAGGGGGGGAAGGAGUUGAGAGGGAGCAGAAGGCACAAGAGAGGCAAAAACAUGGGUGGCAGGAGGGGAAAGUGA